AUGUCGUCCUACCUAAACAAUCUCCUCACGAACACGACAUCACGAUAUAACAACCUUCGGCGCGAGCUCCUCUCUAGCGAAACAGACGGCGACACAGAAGACGACUCGCACCUCUCUCGAGUUCUCCGCGCAUACUACACAGAAAAAGGCAGGCCAUUCCCGCCAUGGCUACCCCCCGACCCAAAAGCCCCGCAAGCAGCACCCGUCCAAUUCGCGUCAUCGUCUGGUCGCCAGCAAGGACAACCAGGAGGGCCCAUGGGUCGCGGGGGAGGAUUGAGCGAUCUCUGGGAUAACCCGGCGCCACAGCAGCCGCCACAACCUCAGUCGCUGCGCCGAGGACCUGGCGGACGAGGCGCUGGCUACAAUCGCCCGGGCAUGGGCAACUCCCUCACACCAGAACCACAGUCAUUGGGCAGGCCACUACCAAGCCAGAGGGCUGGGAGCUAUCAGAGUUCGCUUGGAGGAAACUCAUCGACCGAUGCAUCACCACCACCAAGCUCAGGAGGGGGAACGUCAGCGCAGGAAAGGCUCAAGGCCAGGCUAUGGGGCUCCGGGAGGUCAACCAGCCCAGCCGCACGAACCAACUCUCAGGAGUCAGUCAGCACGGCUCCCUCAGGCGCGCGCAGUCCAUACGAGCAACGAGGCUCACAAGGCGGGCGAGCACCCCAUCUUGACGAGCGCAGCAACAGCUAUGGAAGCAGUGGCGGUGGCGGUGGCGGUGGGAGACAGCAAGGCGGAAUGUCUGCGAACUCGCCUUGGACUGGAAACGAAGACCCAUACGCUGCCCAAGGGGGCGGAGGAUAUGGCGGCGGCGCCCCUCAGCGCGGGCCGCAAGGCGGGCGCGUCGGUCUGCCCAGUGGACCGCGCAUGCGGUGA